AUGUCGCAGAGAUAUUGUGUUCAACAAGCCUUGUUGUUGGUGCUGCUUGCUUGUUGUAGUGUUGUACUUGCUCAAAAAUCGUACACUAUCAAUUCUAUUAAUUCUGUAGUUUAUGUAUCAUCGGGAAGUUGUGAUGUGUCGGUUGUUGAGACUUAUGUUUAUGACUUUUUAGGAUCUUAUUCGACUGUUGCUAGAGCUAUUCCAUAUACUAUUGCUGCAUCAUCUGCAUUUCAAACUAGCUCAUUGAAGGUUGAUGUUUUAACUCCUGGAUAUUCCGUUUCAAAGUAUACUAGUGAUCAACAAGAUGCCAAGUUUAUUGUGGUAAAUAUUAGUCCUUCUACUCCUUCUGGUACCUCUACUAGAAUGAGUAUUCGUUAUUCUUAUUCUCUUACUGGACCUAUUCGUCAAUCAGGUGGAAAUAAUCAAGUCACCUACUAUUACAAGGAAGGAACUGAAAUCAACAACUUGAAUGCCACCUUCACCUUUGAUUCAUCAAUUGAUUUGAAGGGAAGUUUAGUACCAUCUGUUGGAGGUGUUGUAGUUGGAAAUUCUGUCAACUUCCAAAAGAUAUCAAUCUUCUCAAACACUGCCUUCCAACCAUCAGUUUCAUUCAACACAAUUUCUGGUCAGUUCAACAAGUGUAGUGGUCCUUCGUCUUCUGACCUUUUAACUAUUAUAGUUGUUGUGGUUGUCGUUGCUGUGUGUAUUUGCAUUUCCAUCGUUUGUAGUAUUCUUGGUUUCUUUAGAAGAGCUGUUAGUAAUACUUUAGGAUUUACAAGAUGGGGAGGUUCUUCAUCCUAUGGUUAUGUUUCCAAUGAUUAUGGACAUCACCAUCAUCAUUACCAUUCUGGAGGUCAUCAUUCAUACAGUGGUGGUGGAAGUAGUAGUCGUGGUAGUAUGACAGGCACCAGUGGUUUUGCUAAUUAA